GGUAGUUCAGAGUUUCGAGAUCGUCCUGCAUUUUUCAUCAUUUCGAUUCGUCAAAGUCGAGUUUUGUACAUGAAUUAUCGUCGCUGGAAUUGCCGAGUGAAAGGACAGUCGAUAAUAUCAAUCCUCUUCAAUUAUCGUGGGCUCCAAUGGUAGUCAGGAAAUUUUUAUUUAGAUUAUCGACGCGGUUUGUUGAUAAUCGGUUGAGCCUACUGUCGCUAGGUGCCACUUGGCCUCCAACGCUUCAAAAUUAGGAAAUGGCGACUACGAUGGAGAUCGACGACGACGAAUGUGACCUGCCAACUUCCAGUAGCGGGAAAGGCGAGAAAAAGCGUUUUGAGGUGAAAAAAUGGAACGCAGUAGCAUUAUGGGCAUGGGACAUUGUUGUGGACAAUUGUGCUAUCUGCCGUAAUCACAUUAUGGAUCUGUGCAUUGAGUGUCAAGCGAAUCAAGCAUCUGCUACAAGUGAGGAGUGCACAGUAGCUUGGGGUGUAUGCAACCAUGCUUUCCAUUUUCAUUGUAUCUCACGUUGGCUGAAAACACGUCAAGUAUGUCCACUUGACAAUCGUGAAUGGGAAUUCCAGAAGUAUGGUCACUAAUUAUACACUUGUGCAAGUUUAGUCAGUUGCAUGAUGGGAUAUAAUUUUCAACUGGAGUAUUCUUUUUUCACACGUCAAACAUAAUUACACUGAAGAUCUGUGGAUGAAUAAAAAGAAAAACAGAUACAAAA